CCGCCAGUCGCGAAAUCCGUCCGAGGUCCGCGCGAGGGUGAUCCUCCCGUGGAGGUCGAACCAGGCCCCGAGCCAGGUUCGCGUCCCCGCUGCCGCACGUCGACGUUGUGAGCCGAGACGGAUCAUUCGAUCGUUCCUCCUUCUGAAGCCGUCCGCCGGGAAGGGCGAAUCCCGGGUUUCCCGAUGUAUACUCGUGACCGAGAUCAGAGUAGGGGCCGUCGUGGUAGUACUGUCAAGACAGUGACAAGUACUAGCAGAGACAGCAGCAAUAAUGGAUACGGUGCUAGCAGAUUUGGCACACCUAGUAGAGGAAAUGCCAAUAAUGUGCGAGGGGGAUUAAAGGGAAAGCAGCCUGGUGGUGGUCUGAAGAAAGUAAAUUGGGACCUUCAUUCUUUAGAACCAUUACGCAAAGACUUUUAUAAAGAGCAUCCCGCAGUCAGGAAUAGAUCUAAUGAAGAGAUAAAUCAGUUUCGGGAGAACACGGAAAUAACUGUGAAGGGUGAUAAUGUUCCUAAUCCUAUACAAUAUUUCGAGGAGGGAAACUUCCCGCCUUACGUAAUGGAGGGUAUUCGUAGAGAAGGUUAUUCGCAGCCUACUCCAAUUCAAGCUCAAGGAUGGCCUAUUGCUCUUAGCGGCAGAGAUCUUGUUGCAAUCGCUCAAACUGGCUCUGGGAAGACACUUGGAUACAUUUUACCUGCAAUCGUGCAUAUCAUACAUCAACCGCGUAUAAGCAGCGGUGAUGGUCCAAUCGUCUUGAUCUUAGCUCCAACCAGAGAAUUAGCUCAACAAAUUCAAGAAGUGGCUAAUAGCUUUGGAGAGACGGCAGCUGUAAGAAAUACAUGUAUCUUCGGCGGGGCUCCGAAAGGGCCACAGGCGCACGAUUUGGAGAGAGGUAUUGAAAUAUGCAUUGCCACGCCAGGUAGACUUAUAGACUUCUUAGAAAGAGGAACUACAAACUUGUGUAGGUGUACGUAUCUAGUUCUUGAUGAAGCCGAUCGUAUGCUAGAUAUGGGAUUCGAACCGCAGAUACGAAAAAUAAUUGAGCAGAUACGCCCCGAUAGGCAAGUGCUAAUGUGGUCGGCGACGUGGCCUAAGGAAGUUCGCGCGCUCGCGGAGGACUUCUUGAUGGAUUAUGUUCACCUCAAUAUCGGUUCUCUGACUCUGUCGGCCAAUCAUAACAUCACUCAGAUCAUCGAUGUUUGUCACGAGUACGAGAAAGACUCGAAGCUGUAUAGAUUACUUCAAGAGAUCGGCACUGAAAAGGAGAAUAAGACCAUCGUAUUUGUGGAAACCAAACGUAAAGUGGACGAUAUCACGAAAAACAUUAGACGCGAAGGAUGGCAAGCCGUGAGUAUUCACGGUGACAAGAACCAGCAGGAAAGGGAUCAUGUGCUGCAAGAAUUUCGCAGUGGAAGAACGUCGAUUUUAGUCGCAACCGAUGUAGCCGCUCGAGGCUUGGAUGUGGAUGAUGUGAAAUACGUGAUAAAUUUCGAUUAUCCGUCUUCGUCGGAGGAUUACAUACAUAGAAUCGGUCGAACUGGGCGUAAACGACAGACCGGAACGGCGUAUGCGUUUUUCACGACCCACAAUAUGAAACACGCCGGAGACUUGAUAGAGGUUUUACGAGAGGCCGGACAGAAUGUCAAUCCGCGCCUCAGUGAAAUGGCAGAGAUGGCCAAGGCUGGAAACUUCAGAAGUGGGAAACGUUUCGGCGGUUCCUCUGGUGGUAAUGGGGUUGAAAGGGGUAACAGCCGAAGGAGUAAUAAUGACGGUAGAGGAAGAGGCGGCGGUUCGGCAAGAGGAAGAGGCCUUGCUCGCAGCGGGACUUCUUAUCAGCCUUCUUCGAGCGUUUAUUCGGGAUCGGAUUACAGUAAUUAUAUGAAACAGAAUGUUUCUUUGGGCCAGAACACGGCGUACGGAUAUAGCACGCAGAGAAGCUACGGACAGGGAGGUAUGCCUCAAAAUUACGGGGGUGGCGACAACUACGGAACUGGUUAUCCGUACAGAAGCACAACUUAUUAAUUCCAUUUUUUAAUGGAAUGACUCGAUGGCGCGAAAUGUCACGUUUAGCUGUAGAGACUCAACAGGAUGCAGAUGAGAGCCUGUUGAAGUAAUAGAUGAAAAAAGGAUAAAUAGAAAAUGAAUGUAAUAAAGUUACGCGGCAUACAUAAUGAAAAUAUCAAUGCGAUAGUAUGUGCAAUCUAUAUCGUACUAUCGAGUGAAUAACGAUCGCUAAUUGAUUUUGCGAGUCAAUUACAAGUUUGUUGAAUGUGACGUCCAUCCGUUUGCAUACACGUUGAAUUUGCAUCGAAUAAAAACCAGAGAGAAACUUCGACACAAUUUUAAUGCAAUUGCAACUCUAAUUGCAAGUUAUUCUCAUUUAGAACAUAUUAGCUAAUAUUUAACGGGAGCAGAAGAAGAAUAUAAAUUCGUACAUAGAGAGUAUUAGGGUACAAUUGUUCAAAGCUCAAGUAUUCCCUUUUUUUUCUUUAAACAAUUUUAAGCUCUAUUUUAUGUAUAAAUUUUACGAAAUGUUACAGAAUGUUACAGCAUUUUACCGCAAGCGGUAUAUAUGCCGAUGUGCUAUAUAUGCCGAUUAUAUGUGAGUCUCGUUUAUAGGAUAUUACAUUUUAUUAGUAUUAGCGGAUAGAUAAUUUUUUUUGUUACAAACAGCAUAGUGAGAAAAGUUUGAAGAAAGUUACAUGAGUUGGAAAAUGAUAUUUGCAUCACACUUGUGUGCAGUAUUUAAAUCAAGGAUGUUUAUAUAUAAUAACUUCAAUUUUUUUAAUUUGAAUUGGUUUAUUUUGUUCCAUUAUUAUCAUUUUCUUUCUACAAAUAAACUCCUUGAAAUUUCAGAAUUAUAUUUUCUUUUUAGAUAAAGACUAUUAAAAAUUAUGGGUCAUUUAAUUUUUUUUUAUUUUGAUAAUAUUAACACCUCAUUUUAUUUUAGUUAUCUGAACUUUUGAAAUAUUUUAAUGAAUAAUAGUCUAAUUGUAUCUUCCGUCAAACUGUAAGGAACUAAGGAAAUGUGAUAAAAAUUUGUUAACGAAAGAAAGUGCAAUUGAUAAACUACAUAUAAAUGCAUUAUUCGUUUUUUAACGGAACUGCGAGAAUUCUCCGCAAAUAUGCAAUCUAACAAAUUGGAAUGUAUAAGCAGAGAUUGGAUCUACGUUAAAGCCUGUCUAAAGAAAAUGAUAUGAAUUAUAUAUAAUUUAUAAUUGACAAUUGACCAAAUGGCGCUUAUUAAUCAAAACGUUUAUGUUUUUGGUACAUAUAUAAGCUUUAUAUAAUUUACAUCAAUAUGCUCAAACACAAAUUCGCUGUUAGAUAAUCGACUGGAUAUAGCUGGUUAAUUGUUAAUUAUUUGUGAUAUUGAGGAUUGAUCAACAACUGUCUUUCUUUUCAAUGUCUGUGAUUUUUUUUUUACGAUUGUUGAAAUAUCUUUAGAAAGAAAAAAUGUUGACGUGUGUCAUUUGUUGUGUGAGUCUAUGUUACAGAAUUAAUAAACUUUCGCUUUCUUGGAAGCAGCCUGGAGUUCUCCCUUGUGUUCUCACAAUCAGCACGAGAUAUAUCUAUUCGGUACGCGAGAUAAGAUCCACUAUUGAAUAUUUAGUAAGAAGAAAAAAGAUAAAGAGGAUAUAGUUUCACAUAGCAACUUGAUAAUUGUCUAUCUAUAUCAUAAACUUACACAGCUAUAUAGUUAUAAUAAAGGAAAACUAUUAAAAUGUCUAAUGUACGUAAAGAUGAUUAGUCUACUUUUCUGCAUAUAGGUACAUUUUGCGGCUAUAUAAAUUUGCGUGAAUAGACACUAAUUGAUCUUUCGAUUGUCAUAUUGCUACAAUAAUAUAGACGGUAUAUGUUACAUAAAA